AUGCCUCCCACUGACAUCGGGGACCCCCUCGGCGCCCCUCCCGCCGCCGCCGCGUCCCAGGGCAUGCUGGGAGUGUCCCGGGGCUCAGGCGCGGCUUCCUGCUUUGGGCGUUUCCUUCAGUUCUGCGCGGCGCGAGGCGAGAAGGCAGCAGGGCGUGUGUGCGCAGGCGCGGCCUCCGCGGCCUCCCCCGCCUUCCCCCUCUCCGCAGCUGUCAGUGUCAGGGCGCGUGGCCGAGGCCCCGAAAGCGGGCGCGCGCGUGCGGCUUCCGAGGGGGCGCCGCGCGUGCGGAGAAGGUCAGCACCAGCCCGGGCAGAGAAGCCUCAGACCCCGGCCUCCCUCCCUGGGGCCCCUCUCCCUCCCCCGCCGGCCGGCAGAGCGCCCAAGCCCGGAACCAGAGACAUGGCCCCCGGCAGCCGGAGCCCCUCGUCCCAGGAGUUGGUGACGUUCAGGGACAUUAUUGUGGACUUCACCGAGGAGGAGUGGGGGCUCCUGGACCCUUCUCAGAAGGAGCUGUACAAGGAGGUCACGCUGGAGAGUGUCCAGAACCUGCUGUCCCUGGAUGGAAAGACCAGAUUCCAAGUAAAUGAGUUGACUAACAAAUUGACACUUUUUGUUGAAGAAUGUAACUUGCAGAGAGUCCUGAGUGAUGGUCCCUAUGACUUCAAGUUGAAAGAAAUCCAUGGUUCUAACAUCAAGGCAGAUCAACAUCCAAAGAGUGAAUGUCAACUUAUUGAAAUUGGAAAGAGAUUUGGACGGUCUUCAACCCUUAACCAUUGUAAGAAAAUUUUUUCAGAGACUGAUUGUUUUCAGGACAUUGAAUAUAGCCAGUGUUUCACUGAAGAAGUAGAGCCCUUUCAGUCCCAGAAGACUUCUAGAUGUCACAGAAUCCACACUGAAGAGAACCUUUUUUAUUGUAAUCAAUGUGGAAAGGCUUUUACAUGGAGGUCCAGUCUUGUUAAGCAUCAGAGAAUCCAUACUGGAGAGAAACUUUUUAAUUGUAAUCAGUGUGGAAAGGCAUUCACCUGGAAGUCCAGUCUUGUUAAACAUCAGAGAGUCCACACUGGAGAGAAACCUUUUGUUUGUAAUUGCUGUGGAAAGGCUUUCACAAAUAGCUCUAAUCUUAAUGCACAUCAGAAAAUCCACACUGGAGACGACCGUUAUGAAUGUAGUCAAAGUAGAAAGGCUUUCACAUUCCCUUUCCAUCUUGCUGCACAUCAGAACCUUUUUUAUUGCAAUCAGUGUGGAAAGACUUUCAGAUGGAAAUCCAGUCUUGCUAAACAUCAGAGAAUCCACACUGGAGAAAAACCUUUUGUUUGUAAUCAUUGUGAAAAGGCUUUCACCAAUAGCUCUAAUCUUUAUGCACAUCAGAAAAUCCACACUGGAGAGAAGCCUUAUGACUGUAGUCAAUGUGGAAAGGCUUUUACAUUGCCUUACCGCCUUGCUGUCCAUCAGAGAAUCCACACUGGAGAGAAUCUUUUUGAUUGUAAUCAGUGUGGAAAGGCUUUCACACAGAGCUCCAGUCUUGUUAAACAUCAGAGAAUCCACACUGGAGAAAGGCCUUAUGAAUGUAAUCAAUGUGGAAAGGCUUUCAUAUUCCCCUCCAAUCUUGCUGCACAUCAAAGAAUUCACACUGGAGAAAAAUGUUAUGAAUGUAAUCAGUGUGGAAAGGCUUUCACAGAGAAGUCCAGUCUUGCUAAACAUCAGAGAAUCCACAAUGGAGAGAAACCUUUUGAAUGUAAUCAGUGUGGAAAAACUUUCACACAGAGCUCCAAUCUAGUUAGGCAUCAGAGAAUCCACACUGGAGAGAGACCUUUUAAAUGUAAUCAGUGUGAAAAGGCUUUCACAUUGAAGUCCAUUCUUGCUCAACAUCAAAGAAUCCAUACUGGAGAGAAACCUUCUAAAUAUAAUGAACAUGAAAAAACAUGUGAUUAUCCAAAAGAGAAUAAAUCAAAAUAGAAAAAUAAAAGGGAAAAAAAAAGAAUUUUCAUUUCUGAAUUUUCUCCUUACCUUUCACCUUUCCCUCAUUUAAUGUUAAAGCAACAAGUAUAAUACAGUUAGACAUGGGAAAACAUGGAAAAUUUUAUCAUGCUGAAAGAUAAGAAAAAUAUGCUUUAAUGUCUACUCAUACUCCAUUGAAUCCUUCUCUGACCAUGGAUAACUUUUUCAUCUUCCUUCAGAAUUAUCCUAGAUCAUUGUAUUGAUCAGCAUAACUAAAUCAUUCAGAGUUGAUCAUUAUACAGUGUUGUUGCUCUGUACAGUGAUCUCCUGCCUCUGCACAGUUUAUUCUUCAAUUCAUAUCAGUCUUUCAAGGCUUUUCUGAAACUAUUCUGCUCGUCAUGUCUUAUAGUAGACUAUUGUGCCAUCACUGUCAAAUACCCUAGGUAGCUCAGUUAUUCUCCUGCUGAUACACAUCUCCUUAAUUUCUAAUUCUUUGCCACUCCAAAAAAUACAUCUAUAAAUAAAGAUUGUUCUUUUCCUUUU